AUGGUCGCAAUAAUAUUACCCUACUUGACUUAUGGUGAACCUGAUGCUAUGGAAGCUCUUACCCAACAUUUUAACCCUACUUGCAAGACUGGGGAGAAUUCGACUGAUUGCAGAAACAGCAUCAAGACAAUCCUAAAGAUGAAACCAUUGCCCUGCAAGCAGCCAAGCAGAGGGCAGGCUGGCUUUAAAGCUAGUUCAGAAUGGGCAUUAGCUUUGAAACUGCCAUCUGUCCCACUUGUGUGCAUUGAUGAGGGUGGAAUCUUGCCCUUACUCCAUGCUUUGGAAGGUGUGUCUGGAGAAAAUGAGAUUGGACCUAAAGCGGAGAAUUUGUUGGACAGACUAUCGGAAAAUGAAGGCAAAGGAGAUGGAUUCUUGGAGGAGAAGUUGCGUAAGCUACGGCAUGCAACUAAAGAUGAAAUGAGACGGCGAGCUCCAAGGAAAAGGGAAGAGUUGCUUCAGGAACUUGGAAUGCGACAAGAACUAGCUUCAGAUGGUGGUGAGAGAAUAGUUGUCGGCCGGCCUCUUCUGGAAGGUCUGGAAGAUGAGGAGGAGGAAGAUGGACUGACUUGUAUGGUGUGUCGAGAGGGCUAUAGUUUGAGACCCACUGACUUGCUGGGUGUUUACUCUUAUAGCAAGCGAGUAAACCUGGGUGUUGGCACGUCAGGAAGUGCACGUGGAGAGUGUGUUUACACUACGCUUAGUUACUUCAAUAUUAUUCAUUUCCAGUGCCAUCAGGAGGCCAAAAGAGCAGAUGCUGCUUUGAGGAAUCCGAAGAAAGAGUGGGAGGGUGCUACUCUCAGAAACAAUGAAUCUCUUUGCAGUUCUUUGUUUCCUGUGAGAGGACCGUCAGUUCCACUAGCACAGUAUGUUCGCUAUGUUGAUCAAUUCUGGGAUAACCUCAACGCUCUUGGUCGUGCUGAUGGAAGUCGGCUCCGGCUGUUGACUUAUGAUAUUGUUCUGAUGCUAGCUCGAUUUGCAACAGGAGCAUCAUUCAGUGCAGAGAGUAGGAGUGGUGGAAGGGAAAGCAACUCCCGCUUUUUGCCUUUCAUGGUCCAAAUGGCUUGUCACCUUCUCGAACAGCUGCUCUCAGAGUCGUACGAGUCAUGGCUGCAACAUCGAUGUGACUUCUUGCAACGUGGAAUAUACCACGCCUACAUGCAGCAUACUCACGGUCGGUCAACUGCUAAGAUGGAAUCAGCAAGUAGCAGCAAAAGUUCCACCUCCACCUCAGAAUCUGGUGGUGAUGAACUAUUGUCAAUUGUUCGACCCAUGCUGGAUUGAUCGAGCAGUUGCAGCAAAUAUUCAAGGUUAAGAAAUCAAGUAUAGCAACCAUCAAAGUCAAAGCUGAAGGAACAUCGACAGGAAUUGAAGGCGAAGGGUUGGGAGGCUGGGAGGUUGUAACGAAAGAGAGCGGUUGUUGAAUGUGAAGGAAAUGCAAGGGUUCUCCAAAGAGUUGCUCUCAUGGCUCGAUGACAUGAAUUCCACAACCGAUUUGCAGUAGGCGUUCGACCUAACUGGUGCCCUGGGUGAUGUGUUGUCCGGAGGAUUUACACGGUACGAGGAUUUCGUACAAGCCGCAAUUGCCACCGGAAAAAUGCGAGGUUCAUUUGGUCAGUUUGUACUUGGUUACCUUUUCAAUUUGACAAUUUUGAACGAAUAAUGUGCGAGUGCCCCUUGUAAAACCUGCUCUUUUAAAU